AUGCAGAGGCCGGACGAGAGAAUACUUCUUCAGACGACGUACACCGUAAACAAACGCCGGCAGUUGGAGUCCAUGACGUGCUUCUCAGCCCUCCGUCCAGAGCUUACCAAGACUUACGACUGGCUCUAUGACGGCAUCGGACAGCUCACUUUGGAGUCGAAUGAGCUCGACCGGGGGACCGACCCCGGGUUGGAAUACGACACGAGCGGUCGCCUAGUCCGCGAUGACGCGAGCUGCCAGUAUACAUUCGACAACCAGGACCGAUUACUCUCGGUACUGACGCCGGACGGCGCCUUGACCCAGACGAAACAUCACGGGGACAGCUCUCUGGCUGCAGACCCCAUUCGUUACGUGGACCCGUCCGGCAACAGUGUCGCCUCUGUCAUCGGUACCAUUGUGGACUCCAUCGUGGGUGCCGUUGCCAGCGCAGUGAUCUCUGGCGCCGCGACCGUAGGCAUGGUGGCGAUUAGUACCAGUUCCGAAGCCAUCAUCGUCAGCGUACUCGCCGGUAACGUCGCAGCGAGCCUCGUUUCCGAGGGCUUCGAGGGGGCCUUUGGGGAGGAAUUCGAUUACGACUGGGGAGGUUCGACCGGGGUCGACCUGCUCUUUGAGCACGAUGGUCUCUUUGACCACAAGUUCUUUGUGGGAUUCGCAACGGGUGCUAUCGCCGUGCUGCUCAUCGGCAGGGCUAUAGCGCGGCGGGCGGCGCGGAGUGUGCGCCCAACGGAGGAGGGCGUCUCGGGAUCCGCGAAUGCAAAGGCUGGCUUAGACUUAGAAAAGUAG